AUGGGUUCACAGAGUGAUCAAUUGAAUUCCGCACUGGAUCUCCUCAGGCGUAUGCCUCCUCAAAAGUUUGAACAUGUUCUCCAAUGUGUCCUCGACAUUUGCCCUCAAAUCUCAGAGUCUGUUCUCAGCACUGUCGACCAGCCGAUGAAAAUCAAACAUGAUGCAAAAGCUGGUCGUGAUUAUCUUCUCUCAGAUUUCAACCGAGAUGGUGACUCAUACAGAUCCCCUUGGACGAACACUUAUGAUCCUCCUCUUGAAGAUGGGGUGGUUCCUUCAGAACGACUUCGAGCUCUUGAAAUCGAUGCCAACAAUGCCUUUGAUCAAUAUCGCCAAAUGUAUUUUGAGGGCGGAAUCUCCUCUAUUUACUGUUGGGAUUUGGAUCAGGGUUUCGCCAUGGCCAUACUCAUUAAGAAGUCUGGAAACGCAGCCUCAGCCAGUGGAUGUUGGGAGUCAGUACAUGUAGUUGAAGUUCUUGAACAUCCAACUGCCAAGUCGGCUCACUACAAAUUGACGAGCACAGUGAUUAUGUGGAUUGAGACCAACACUUCUGAUUGCGGAGCUUCUACGCUUAGUGGUCAUCUUAGUCGCGUUUUGGAUCGUGAAUUCCCCCUUCCUGAUCGAAAGCAGCAUAUUGUUAAUAUCGGUACCUUAGUUGAGUCUCAUGAGAAUCAAAUGAGGUCUACUCUGAAUGAUGUAUACUUUGGUACCUCAAAGUCGAUAAUAGAUUCAAUGCGUUCCUACCACAGUGCUGAUGAAGAGUUGGCUAGAAGGAAAUUAGCUCAAAAUAUGAAUGAGGCAGUUGCACAACAGAAGGCGCAAUAA